AUGGCACCGCCCCCUCCACUCGGCGGCGCCUCCCCGCCCGGCUCCGCGGCGAGAGCGACGAUGGAGACGACGACGGUCGUGGCCGGCACCGUCGUGGAAACGUCCAUCGUCACCGUCAUGCCCUGCCUGAGCACCACGAUAGGUGUGGUGCCCCAAAGCCAGGGCGAUACGCGAAGCACCGUUCAGGGGCCGCAACAGGACACCUCGUCUACUACUGCGGCUACUACUGCUACGGCCGGGGAGGGGAGCGGGCCCGGGUUCGAGUUUCCGACGUGGUCGUCUGGCAUGCCGACUGCGACGACGCUGUUCCGCGAGGAUGACGAUGACCCCCAGCAGCAGCAGAAGGGCGGCGCGGGGUCGUCUGGGACUGCUGAUACUGAUACUGAUGCUGAGCCGCUGGUGCCGACGGGCGUCUUCUCGACGGCGACGGCGACGAGCGAUCCCCUGGCCAUUGGCGUUUCGGGGACGGACGGCACGGCUGGUGCGGGCGGCUCUACAUCUGACCUGCUGGCCGUCGGAUCGUCAGUCGCGUCGGCGAGCAGCUCAUCCGACCUGCUGGCCGUCGGCUCGUCAGGCACUCUGCUGCCGCCGGGGGAAACCUCAUCACCGACGACCACGCUGCUCGUGACGAGCGAUGACGCCCUGGCCAUCCCUCCGGCGGGUAUCACGUCUGGUGUCGGCGGCUCUACGUCUGACCUGCUGGCCGUCGGAUCAUCAGUCGCGUCGGCCAGCAGCUCAUCUGACCUGCUGGCCAUCGGUACGUCAGUCGCGUCGGCGGGCACUGCGUCGUCGACGAGCAACGCCCCCCACGACCAGCCGGCCAUCACCACGCCCGACGACAGCCCGCCCACGAGCGGCGGCGAAUGCGACGCCUUCGAUCUGCGCACAUCGUGCCGCACCUCUGCCUCUGCAAGCACCUCCGCGCUCCCCUUGGGACACGGCCCGGGCCCUUUCGGGAUCAGCAGCAGCAGCAGCAGCAGCAGCUCAGCCAACGUUUCGGUAAAGACUUGGGGCGGCGAGCCGGGCACCAACACGUCGUCACGGUUGAUAGCGUCGUCGACGCCGCCCCUGGCCACCACGCCCGUGCCCGCCAGCGCCGUCGUCGUCGUGACGCCCUGCGUGCAAAACCAGACUGCCGCCGGCGACGCGGGGGUCCAGGCGUGCAGGCUCGCGCUGAGCGGCGACUGCGACACGUCCGCCAGCGAGUACCCGACGUGCGUCAAUGGCCGGUGCGCGUGCCAGGCCGUCGAGUGCGCCGACGACGAUGAGUGUGUCGGCUUCGGCCAGUGCUUCUCGGACGAGGUGGCGUCGUGCAAGUUUAGCAGCGGCAGCAGUGCUGGUGCUGGUGCUGGUGCUGGCACUGGCUCCAGCUCCAGCUCCAGCUCCAGCACCGGCAGCCGGGCCGUCUCGUUGCCCGUGUCCUCGUCUGCCUCCUCCGGCAACAUCACCGUCACAAUUGCCGGUAGGGGCAUGGCGAACAUGGCCAGCGCUGUCAUCGUCACCACCACCACCACUGCCAGCAGUGGCAACGGCACCGACAACAAAUCCCCCAGCAAGUCGAGCAUACCCCGCGGCGUGUGCCAGUGCCAGCCCAAAGUCACCGGCUGCCUGGUCGGGCUGAACGGGACACGUUACUGCGCCGAGCAGGUGCCCUGCCGCGACCCGAGCGUCAACGGGGCGCUCCCCUCCCACGCGCAAUGCGUGCCGCAGGACGAGCUCGUCUUCUUCCUCGGGCGUUGCAGGUGCCAGAGCGUCGACUGCCCCUGGACGUCGCCCGCGCUCCCGGACAGCGCGCGCAGAAACCGCGAGUCGUGCGACAAACUCAUCCUCUGCACGGACAGGGCGGCGGCGGCGGCGGCGGCGACACCCAUGUGCGUGGAAAAGCCUUGGGUCCCGGGUCCGACGCGCCACGGCCCUGCCACGACGGGGUAUUGUGUGUGCGUCGCGGGCCAAUAA